AUGGACAACCGCCAUCCUCCGCCAAUCCUCCUGUCCUGUCAUGUCAGUCUCAGGCGCCCAUGCUUAUCCGUACGUACCGUCAAGAACCGCGCCAACAAUAGCAACAGACGUGCAGCAAACAUGCAGAAACACAGGCACGCAGGCAGGCACAUGGUCGACGCACCUUCGGGAACCCCUGCUCCCAUCAUCGGGAUUACCUUUUCACCCCCACAUUCAACUCGCAGGGAGCCGGGGACUACGUACGCAAUCCAUCCCUCUAUCGUCCAAUGGCGGCUGCUCAACGACCUCGAUCCCCGAUUUCCAUUCUCCUUCCCGCGAAUGACCGCCCGAGCCCGCCAUGGGGAAUCACGGGAGCUUCUUCCAAUCAAGCAUACUCGCAAAUGA